AUGCGUUCGGCACAACUUGCCGCCACAGUGGCAGCAUUGUUUGGUGGUCUGUCACAAGCCAUAGACUUCAGUCCUGCCAGACCACCAGCCUGGCCUCUGGCUGUCAGAUCACCCUAUCUCAGCACCUGGCUGGACGGGUCAUCUGGGGGUUCUCUCGCUGGGCACUGGCCGACAUUUUGGGCCGGACAAAUCACAGGAUGGCAAGGUUUUGUGGCAGUAGAUGGUGCCGUUUACAACUGGAUGGGAGCUGCUCCAGGGCCUGCCGUGGCUAAUCAGACAUCUGCAACCUACUCGUCCACUAACACUGUCUUCACUUUCGACGUCGAGGGGAAGGUCACCUUGAAAGCUACGUUUCUUUCUCCCAUUUACCCGGAUGACCUCGUCAAACAAUCGCUGCAGCACUCGUAUGUGGAUGUCACAGCGGUGUCUGCUGACGGGGCUUCACACAGUGUUCAAGUCUACUUUGACACUUCCGGGGAACUAGCGAGUGGUCGAGAUGCGAGUCAAAACAUUACUUGGGAUCAUGGCACCACCGGUGGCGUGGAGUAUCACACAUUCCAACUCUCGAAUCAGCAGCAAUUCGUUGAAAUCAGCGACCAACCGGCAUGGGGCCAGUGGUUCGUAUCCACAGCCGAUACUGAUGGGGUUACGUGGAAAAUCGGCUCAGACACCGCCGUGCGUGGCCAGUUUGAGAGCAACCACACGCUCGACAACACCAAGGACACCAACUUCCGAGCUAUCAAUUCUGACUGGCCUGUUUUCGCGUUUUCCAAGGAUCUGGGUUCCGUGUCCGCCAGUGAAACUGGAGUCCUAUUCACAGUCGGACUAUCCCAAGACUCUGUCGUGAACUAUCAAGGAAAUUCCACAAGUGCAACAGCACUUUCCGGGGUCUGGAAGUCAGCUUACAGCUCGGCUGAAGAUGCGAUGGCGGCUUUCUACAACGAUUACUCGUCAGCCAGCUCUGCAAUGGCUGCCCUUGACAGCAAGAUCGACACAGACACGUCCAACGCCGCUGGCCAAAAUUACACUGUCUUGACCACUUUAGGUGUGCGUCAGGUCUUCGCCGCUACGGUUCCAGCUCAGGGCACGCAGACGUAUCUGUUCCUGAAGGAGAUCAGCUCAAAUGGAGACUCAAACACCGUUGAUGUCAUCUAUCCGGCGAUGCCUUUGCUUCUUUACCUGAACGAGACGCUGGUGAAGCUGUUGCUGGAUCCUCUUUAUGAGAACCAGGAGAGCGGACAUUAUCCGAACACCUACGCCAUACACGACUUGGGAACGUUCCCCAACGCUUUGGGCUACCCUGCAGGCAAUGAUGAGCCCAUGCCGCUCGAGGAAUGUGGAAAUAUGAUCAUCAUGACCUUGGCUUACGCACAACGCUCGGGUGAUAGCGCAUAUCUCAACCAACACUGGGGCAAGCUGAACCAGUGGGCCGGCUACCUGGUCAAUGAAUCCCUUAUCCCAGCGGAGCAGAUCUCGACGGACGACUUUGCAGGCUCGCUGGCAAAUCAGACAAAUCUGGCCCUGAAAGGAAUUAUUGGGCUCAAGGCGAUGGGACAAGUCGCGAAUCUCACCGGAAACGUCGUCACUUACGAUGCUACAGCCGAAGAGUACCUUCCUCAGUGGCAGGAUUUUGGCGUGAACUUCAAUGCCUCACCACCGCACUCCGUUCUAGAUUACAACGACCCCAGCUCCCACGGUCUCCUCUACAAUAUCUACGCAGACCGUCUACUUGGCCUCAACUUUGUCCCGGACCAGAUCUACAACAUCCAGUCGGACUUCUAUCCAACUGUCGCCACUGAUUAUGGAGUCCCGCUCGACACCCGCCACAACUGGAUUAAGAGCGACUGGGAGCUAUGGGCGGCGGCGGCGGCGAGCGAGUCCACGCGGAAGAUGUUCAUCGACAAGCAGGUGCACUGGAUCAACACAACGCCGCAGACAAUCCCAUACGGUGACCUGUUGGACGGGGAUACCGGUGGGUAUACCCCGAAUCAGUUCAGAGCUAGACCGGUGAUGGGUGGUAUGUUUUCGAUAUUGGCCCUGCCUUCUUAG